AUAGUUUCAGGAGAUACGAAAGGCGCGAACACCGAGUGACCGACCAACGAAACGGAAAGUUUUGUAGUGGUUUUAGAGUAUCACAAUUAUGUGAUUCGAUUUAUUCGUAUACGUGAUCAGGAAACUUAUAAGGCUGACACAACAUGUCUGUAGACAGUGUACAAGGAAGUAUAUUGUACACUCCACGUAGAGUCCAAAAAUGCUUGUUCGGAUCAACAAAAAGUUCAACUAAAAAGAACAUACAAAGGAUUCAAAAUAAUUUGAGGAUAGGAGAUACCUUAUCCGAAGAAGAAUCAGAUUUAGGACCCAUGUCACCUUUGCUUCUCUCUCCAUGCACAACACCUAAACAGCCAUCUUCAUCAUUUAAAAUGUAUCUAACCAGCAAUCAAUCAUCACCAAAUGGGUACAAAAGGAACAAGACUUCUCUGCAGCAAAAAAUACUACCAGAUUCAUCAAAAGCUUUAUCAAAUUCUCCGUCAAAGUGUUCUAGUCUUUGGACAAUAGAGAGAUCGAAACUAACACCAUUGAUAAAUAAAGCUGCAUCAAAAACACCAAAUAGACAUUUUGGUGUAGAAUUACAAAAUAAUAUCACAGAAACUCCAUCUAAGCAAGAAAGUCCAGAGCAUAGAUUAAUAACACCAUUGACUUCAGAAAAUAAAGUGAUUCCAUUCCCAAAAUUACAUAGACGCAAAUCUCUCAGCAUAUUUGAUACAACAAAAACUUCUUUGUUUGAGAGAAAUGAAAGUACGUUAAAGAGGCACGCGUUCGAAGAAUUAGAAAAUACUGCAAAAUUAGUAAAAACCAAUGUUAAUUGUUCUGUGCCCAAAGCUAGAGCAGCCUUAUUUCGAGAUGAAAAUUGCAAAACAAACUUGAAAGACAUAACAUUAAGCACUAAGACCUUUUACAAUAAUUCUAACUCAGACUGGAAGAAGAAUUAUAGGAUUAUUAACAAAUCGUUUGAACAAAAGCAACAAAGUAAUUUCAUGGAACAUAUACACCAUAAUAAAAAGUUCAUGAGAAGACACACUAUAGGAGGUAUCAAUGGUGGAGUGUUUCAUGGAGUUAGAAAACCAAAACCGAAAGUUAAAUUAGGUACUACAAAACAUAAUGCCAUAAAUAUUGUAAAAGAUACUGUUAUCGAUUCUGUACAAAAGAAUAUUCCCGAAACGAAAGAUAUGGGGACACCUGGUAAAAUAUUGAGGGAAAAAUCUCCUACAUUAGAAAUUGACAGUAAUAAGCGUUUCUUCAAAAUUAGAAGAACGUCUAAGAAAAAUAGUUCUGCUACGGUAAUGAUAAACAAUAACGUUAAAUUAAAGGUUGGAUCGAAUGAUAAAAUGGCACUAAACGAAGAGAAUAUACAAUCUGUUAGACAAGCUAACAAACGAGCAAAAUUAAUGGACAUUUCGUUCGAUACCACCGAUUUGACAAUAAACGAUUCGGAAUUGGAAAAUGAUAUGAUAGAGGAGAAUAAUAUUACCAAUAUACUGAAAAUGUUAGAAAACGAUUGGGCCAAUGACGAAUACGAUACAAUGGAAAUACUAACUAAUCAGAAAUUUGGACACAUUUCGCCGCUAAAACCGGUAGCAAUUUUGAAAGAUGUUGCUAUGUCGCCGGCAAGCGAACUUAGUAACUUGACAUCAGUUAUGAAUAUCAAAGACGUUAAUACAGCAAUAACUUUAGAAAAUGUAUUAUUAGAUAAUAAUAAGAACAAUGUUAAAGGGAAUGAACAAAAGUACUACCCAUUAUUCAGUAAAGGAUACUCUGCUAAUAAAAUAAUCGACGAAAUUGGUAAAAAGUCAGCAAAUAGUAUAAAAGGAAACGUAAAUUGGCAAUUAUCUGUGAAACAAAAUGAUGAAGAUCAAUAUCAAUUAGAUGUAGGACAAACAAAAUUCGGGGCUAUACAAUGUGCAGAAUGCGGUGUCGUGUAUCAGUCGGGAUGUCCUGAUGAUGAAAAUGCUCAUCUAAAUUAUCACAAUAAUAGAAGGACUCUAAAAUUUCCUGGUUGGAAGACAGAACGUGUAAUUAUGGAAGAUCCUAUUACGUCGAGUCGAGUGAUUUUGAUAGAACCUGGUGAUACAAAAAAAUCUUGGAAUAAAAUAAAAGAUGUUUUAAUAUACGUAGACAGAGAUUUGGGAUUAGUUAACACAAAACUAUCCGAUUAUGAACAUAAAAAGGUGUACUUAUACAUAAGGGACAAUGUCAUCUUGGGAGUUUUAGUUGCAGAGCAUAUAAACACUGCUCACUGUAUGAUUCCUGAACUAUUGGAAUUGGAUUGUUGUACAGCAGAAAGUGUACCAGCUAAAUGUGGUAUAAAUGUUAUAUGGACUGACAUGAAAUAUCGCAGACAAGGCAUAGCAUCUAAAUUAGUUGAUAUAUUAAGAUCUCAAUUUUAUUAUGGUUAUAUAUUGUCUUUGGACGAUAUUGCAUUUUCAAGUCCAACUGUGAGCGGAAAAAUAUUUGCCGAGAAAUAUACUAAGACUAAAAACUUCAAGGUUUAUACCUCCGUUUGUUAUUAAUUUUAUUUCUGUGUAAGAGUAUUUCUUAAAUUGGUACAUAUAUUUUUUUUUUUAAUGCUAGAUUUAUUUAUUUGUUUUAUUUUUUUAACGAUUUUUCGUUCAGAAGUGGUUCAUCUUAUUAAAGUAACGAUUAUUUCUGAACAAAAUAUAACUAACAAUGUUUCCAUUUAUUAAGCCUUUGAGUGCAGAGCAUUUCAAAAUCGAACAUUCUAUGGACGGCUGUAUGAAAAGUGCGAUCGAUUGUGUAAUGUUAGUUAAGUUAUUGUUUUCAUGAUUUAUUUUCACAUAGAAUACCAUAAUCCGUUCGGAUAAGAUACAGCAGGGGUGACGAAAUCGUGGUUUCUUUUUGUUUUUCUAUUCCACGCAAGCGAAGACGGAUAAUACCCUCACUAUGCUUAUUAGGCGUCUAACUAGCGAGGAACUGGUAAUGGGACUGUUGUGGCUCAGCGAAAAAAUUCGUCACCCCUGAUCUACAUUGUUCCGUAGUAUGAGUUAAAAGACCAUCCGCUCAGACACCCUAUAUAUAUAUAUAUAUAUACCCAUAGCACUCAAAGGGUUAGUACUAUAAUCAUUACAAUUUUGUCAAUCCAUGUUUUUUACGCGUUUUAAAUGAUAACGAUCGGAUCAGUUUGUGAACGAUAAUUUAUCAUUAUUUGAAACGUAUAAGUGUUAUUUUAAAUUUUAUUUUUCGAAACAAAAAGGUUAAAAGCGAAGGAUAGGAAUAUUAUAAACAUACACGUAUA